UUCUUCAUUUAUUACUCACCAGAAGAAGAGAGAAAAAUACUCAAAAACAAAACAAAAAUAUUAAGAGAAAAAGCGCCAAAUUGGUUUUCUCUCUUUAUCAGCUAAGGAUUACAAGAAGAAACAUUCAGGUGAUCGGAAGAUGACUUCAGGGACUAGAACGCCGACAUGGAAAGAGAGAGAGAACAACAAACGGCGAGAGCGGCGAAGACGCGCGAUUGCGGCUAAGAUCUUCGCGGGGCUUAGGAUUCAUGGGAACUUUAAGCUGCCGAAACACUGCGAUAACAACGAAGUUCUCAAAGCUCUUUGCAACGAAGCUGGUUGGACCGUAGAGGAAGACGGAACUACUUACCGUAAGGGAUGCAAACCAAUGGAUCGAAUGGAACUCAUGAAUGGUUCCACUUCAGCGAGUCCAUGCUCAUCUUACCAGCCCAGCCCUCGUGGUUCCUACAAUCCAAGCCCUUCAUCUUCCUCAUUCCCUAGUCCUACAAACAUAUUCGGUGAUGCUAACUCACUAAUCCCAUGGCUCAAGAACCUCUCUUCAAACUCCCCUUCCAAGCUUCCCUUCUUCCACGGGAACUCCAUAAGCGCUCCCGUGACUCCACCACUGGCUCGAAGCCCUACUCGUGACCAAGUGACCAUCCCUGAAUCUGGAUGGCUUUCUGGAAUGCAAACCCCACAGAGCGGACCGUCUUCUCCUACUUUCAGCUUAGUCUCGAGAAACCCGUUUUUCGACAAAGAGGCUUUUAAAAUGGGAGAUUGUAAUUCGCCAAUGUGGACUCCAGGACAAAGUGGAAACUGCUCUCCAGCUAUUCCUGCUGGUGUUGAUCAAACCUCUGACGUGCCAAUGGCUGAUGGAAUGGCGGCAGAGUUUGCGUUUGGGAUGGUGAAGCCUUGGAAGGAGAAAGGAUACAUGGAGAAUGCGUUUCAGAUGAUUUAGAACUCACACUUGGAAAUUCAAGAACCAGAUGAUGAUUUUUAGAGAAGAAUCAAAACAUCGUUUGCUAUCAAUCAUCUCUCUCUUAUCAAAUUAGUUUAUCUCUUGCUUUUUCAUUUCAUCUUUGUUUGUCUGUUUUUUUUACCAGUGUGAUGAUUAAAGGUGAUUGAGAGAAAAAAGGGAAAAGAAAAGAAAAACAUUUUCGAACUCA